AUGAAUCAUACGAAAGAAAGGCAUCUAGUCAACACGUACGUUAACAAGCCAUGGAACGUUGGAAGUAAUGAGUUCGUUUUAGCUGUGACAUUGUUAGGUAAGUGCUUGACAUAUGUACUUUAUAUGGGUAUUAAACCAAAUUACUUCGCCUUUACUUAAUAUAUUGUUUCGCUUACCUUUUGAUAGAAGCGUUAAAAUUCUAAAGUGGUUUCAAUAGAGCGGAGAAGUCCUUACGUCACGUUGCCAUGAUAGCAAAAUUUUUGGCUGACAACAAACCGAAAAUUCACUUAAAAAGUAAAUUCGCAAUGUUUCAAACUUCAUCGAUUUUAUUCAGUUUCAUUAAAUUUGUUAAAUGUUGGCGAAAUGUUCUGGAUUUAAUCCGAAAGGACCGAAUCUGAGUUAAAAAAAAGAAAAAGAAACUUUUUGUGUUGUGUUUACCUACUUCGCAAAGCGGGCGCGUUAAAUUAGGAAGUUUCAUGUCGCAAUCGUUCAUCGACCGCGUGAUGCAAGUGCAAAGUUGUUGUUUCGCUAAUCUUAACCUAUCGGGUGUUAUUUUUUUUGCCGUUCUUGUAACUGUCACCGUCGUCGUUGCUUAAUCUCGGCCCUAUUGUCAUCCGGAAAUUUGGCUACCACGGUAACUUGACGCCACACUUCUCUUCUCAGUCUAUUACAAUGAAAUUAAGUUAUUAAAUGAAGCGCUUGGACUCACUGGAUACCGGUUUACUUUGCUGCUGGAGUUGGGAAAUGCAGUUCCGUCUUUUUGGCCUCCUUUUUGUCGAAAUCUUGUUGACCAAAUGAAGAGUGACUUUAAUCUUUAAAAACAACUGAAAAAAUACAUUUUUCUGCAUUUUUUAGGGGGAACAAAAUUGAAAUUGAGCUUUACCAUAAGUUUUGCAUAACGAAUUAGAGUCAAUUUAGCAUCAUUUGUUAAAUCAUUAGGUGGAUAUAAUGCACAGUAAACGGUCGUAGGAUGUUCAAAAAUAGAAAGGAAAAAGUGGAGGUAGUUUUUCUUCGAUCAAAAGUAACGAAACCUUGGAAACUUUCCUCAGAAAUGUACAUCUCAACUUGUACCAAAAAAAUGAGCUUCAAUUUCCGAACAUGCUCUCAACUAUUUAUGCUAAACGUUAAUAAUCUACUUUAGACACUCAUUAGAAGCUUUUGGGUCACUUCUGAUCUUUUCUCUGAUGACCUAGUUAUAAUCGGAAUGUUCUUUUAAUAGUACCCAGGAAUAUGUAUUUUUUGGCGAAAAGAAGAAAGGCAAAUUUCGAGGACGGAUGCAAAAUAAUUGCGAUUUACCAAAGAAAUCUUGUCGAGAAGAAUAUCUAACAACAGACAAAACAACUCUAUUUUGGAAUCAGAAUUAACCCAAUUCAGGCCGGGCAUUCAUUAGCCUGGUUUUCCCUUGCUCUCUCGGUUCCGGGCUUGUUCAGUUCUUCCCUGAGAAGAGAAUUUUUUCGCUUGAGAAGCGCAGGAUUAUAUCCCGAACAGCGGCUGGUAAUGAAGCCCAGCGAACAACAAUCGAGCUCAGGCAUUUAUAGGCGUCGUAGUAUCUUUGUGGCCCUUUAAGGCCCUCCUCUUAAAUUUUAAAAAAGCUCUUGUAGAUAAGGCCACAAGCUUCACACAGAAUAAUUGUCAAUCAUUGCUAACAUCUGGGUAAAAUUGAUUGACAAAAUGACGAAAUGUGACAUCAUUAUGACUCCAUGUUGUUUUAUGGCUGAACCCAUAGCUUUCCCCAAAAUGGCUAUAAAGCGGAAAGCAUUGCGCUGAAAUAGAAACUUGUUUCAUAAAAUCCUCGUCAAAUGAUUUAACACAUUGAUAAUCCUAAACAACAGAAUUGACGUAAUUAUGACAUAAUUAAUAAUUAAAAAAGAAACUAGAACCAUACACCAUCUUGGAUCUGCCCUUUUAAAUUACUAGCAAUUUUGCCUCAGUGAAAACCCGUCUAAAUCGAGGUAAUUGUAAAAUUGUAAAAUUUUAACACAAUGGUUUUAAAAACACAAACUUUGAAAUUUAAAUAUAAUUUUGGGGCGACAGUCACUCAAACCCCGUGCAAACGGCCGGACACCACAUUGUUGACCAGCAAGUUCCAACAUUGUUGGAUGUUACAUGUUGCGUCCUUUUUCACACUCUGUUACAUGUUGUUGACUGUUGCUGGGAGUUGUUACGUUAAGUUUUUACACCGGUCAAACUUUGACGCAACAACUCCAAACAAUGUUGCGUCUGUUUGCACGGGGCUUUGAAUUGCCGGUUCAACUAACAAUAAAUGAUACAAUAAACUUUGUAAAAAUUAACACGAAAACUUGAUAAUCGUACCCACAAAUCAUAUCUUCAAUCCCAAAUACGACUUGGGAAACAACACGUUUCCUUAAAGAAAAAAUAAAAGCAAAUGCGACAUAAUAAUGUUUCAACAGGGACAAUCUUGUUCAUUGGACUUCUUGGCAAUGGAAUUGUGGUAGCGGUAAUCUCAAACUUGCGCCGGCGAGGACAGAAAACAUCUGUACAGCUUUUUCUCCUUAACUUGGCCGUCUCCGAUCUGAUGGUGUGUUUGCUGUGCAUUCCCCUAACCAUCUUCACAAAUUUUUACUACCCCAAAAAUAUGGCCAGAAGGGAUGAUGGUUUCUGCAAGUUAGCUCGAUUUAUGCAGGUAAAAGAUUUAUUCCCUGUUAAGCUACGUACAAACGGACGCAACAACUCCCAACAUUGUUGGCCCUACAGUUUGACCGGUCUCAAACUUUGCAAAGGAACUCCCAACAACACAAAACAACAUGCAACAAAGUGUGGAAACGGAAUCAGUUAACAAUUAGUUCAUGCGUCAGCGUUCGUAUGUCGAGAUAUUGAGCACGCGGGAAGUUUGGAGAGCACGAAAGAGGCGUAAGAGUUGCGCCUCGUGCAACUCUAGCCUCUUGAGUGCUCUCCAAACUUCCCAAGUGCUCAAUAUCUCGACAUAAGCACAGCUGCAGCAUGAACUAAUUGUUUUAUAACAUUAUCAAAGCGAUCAAUGCAGCAGUUAACUGAAAAUAUUAUUAUUAUAGGGCGCGCUCAAAGCAGUACGCGUCAAUGUUUACGUGAAUAUAUUUUUUUUCCUCACAGUUAAUCUUAUGUUUUUAUCCUGAAACUGAGAAAAAGUGUACUCUAAAAUGAUUGUAAAAUCCAUAUUAAGGUGCCCGAAAACUAUUAAUUUACCGAAAAAUUGUUAUUGAGAGAAAACAACUUUCCAAAGAAUGAGCUCACGCCAUAGCCCGCACAGUUCGCGGAGAUGACAACAACAACAACAACACUCACCUCUUUUCCUUACUAUCGGUUAACAAAUUCAAACGGUUCCUCUUAAAUUUCCUUACAAUACACAUGGUAAACGCUUCAUUGUCUAUUGCUGAGUUAUGGAUGCACUCAGGAGAUUCAGGAUUGCUAAGCUCACAACAACUCGAGGAAUAACGAAUAGUUUAUUGACGUCAUCAGCGUGCUCAAUAAGAAUAUGAAGCACGCUCGCGCUAUUGAAUUUGAUUAGGCGAAUUUUCUAGCUAUGUUAUAACAUGUAUUAAGGUGGCUCGACUGGAUUUUUUGGGGUUGAUACCUCCCAACUUUGAGCAUUAACUACGUCGGCAUGAGUAAAGAUAUGGAAAAAAGGUUACCACAACUGUAUUAUAUAAAGACGAAAAUUUCUUAUGAUCUGGGUUUUAUUCCAAUCAGAGUCGCCAUGGCAACGUAAUGACGCCAUUACGUUUUUCAUUUACCUUUGUGUUUCUCUGCUCCAGGAGUUUUUUGAAGAAAUCGCUUAAGGGAGUAUGUACCUGCUAUAAUUGCCUCCACUAUGGCAUAGUUUGAACAAAUUCUAUGAGAGCGUUUUCGAAAUAUUUUGAAAUGUAGUUUUAAGAAUAAUAAAAACAGUGAAAUAGCAUGCUAGCCACACAAUUCGCUAACAUUUUAAGAAAAUGAUAAGCUUUGGGAACGAGGCUUCAUCUCAUAGUGGUUUGAUUCCAUUGAAAACUGCAUAUGAAAAAAGAGCGGAAUUGCUCGGGGCGUCGCGAGUAAGAAGAAUUUUAUUAACUUGCAUUUAGUUGUUUUUGACAAAGUUUUUGGACGUAAUUUGGUCCAUGCCUAAAAAUUUCGCAUUUUUCCAAAAACCGCUCGAUAAAUUUUUGUAUAAAUUCGAUAAUCCCGAGAUCAAUCGUCAAGAAAUAUUCCCUGCAAGUUUUAAGAACAUUGAAAACAGGGAAGGCUUUUAAAUAGGGCCUCAGAUAUAGCCAAUUUUCCCCCCAGAUUUUGUGUUUACAAGUGAGCGUCCUCAUUAUUCACUGGCAUUGUUUUCAAGUUUCAUAUACACGUGCACAUUUAGCAAAACGAUAGAACAGGCAAUUUGUCUUCAAAAGUUGCAAGCUGUGGUUAUAACCUUCUUAUUAUUUCAUUUUCUUGAAGAAUACAUCAUAGUAAAACUGACUUUAACGACAUUUACUAAUUUCCUUGAGUUGUACUGGAAGUGUGCGUACGUAAAUUGCGUGCGUAAGUCCGAUUUUUUUCAAGAUGCAUUCACAAAAUGUGUUCAUAUAUGGAUGUUCAUGGAUAUAUAAGGUCCUGAGCUCCACCGUGGACACAAAAACAAAAUAUCUUUGUAUAAUAAACUGCCCAAAGAAAUUCAAGUUUGCUCACAAUGUGUUUGAAGUCACUGAACUUUGUCGCACUCGUGCUGAUAUUUUAAAACCCACGGAUAUUUUAAACCGAUCGGACACUUCUAGCUUCGCAGUUCACUAAAAUGUAAACAAAAAUCCUCAAUGUAGAAGUUUUGGCGUUGAUAUGUGGGCAGAAAACGAGUUAAUCUUUAUCUAGUAAAUCUUCCCCAAGAUCGGUUUCAAAGCAACCUUAGCUUUCUGAACUUGAUCGUUUCGCGCAGAUUAAUUUUUUCUUUGUGUUGUCAAGUUGAACAUGCAUAACACCUGUUAAAAACCUACCCGUAAGUAAGAUUUCCUUCAAACAAAGUUAAAGUUACAUUAAUUAUUGCAAAAACUUCUUUCCAAUUAUGUAUAAGAUUUAAUUACCGAUUGAGGUCACUUGAAGGACCAUAGACGCCACUUUAAGCUGGCAAAGAGAUCCGACAAGCAAAGAACAAUUCCAUCAUGCAUAAAAUUCAGCUUAAGUGAACUAAAAAAAGCUUCAAUAAGAUUGCAAAACAACAAAUUUUCAUUAAAAAAACAUAAGGCUUAGGGCUCUUAUACCUGAUGACAAAGAAGAAGUGAAUUUUCUGUACGGAAACAACUUACCUAAAGAUCUUAAAAGAAAAAGAUCAGUUGCAAGCGUCGCAGCCAAGCCAUGAUUCCGACUACAUAUCUAAAUAAGCUACUUUUUUUAGUAAUAACUGGUCCAUGCGAGAGGCUUCAUUCAAGCAAAUUAAACUCAGCAAACUGAAUCACUAGAAAAUACAGAAAACUGCACAGAAGGAUUUGUUUUGAUCGCUUCAGUCAAAUCCAGCUCCAGCAAUUGUUUACGGGCAAAGAGUCGAUUGUUUUGGAGUCACUGCCGGCAGUUGUCGUUCUCCGCUACUUCCAAGCGAGAGAAAGGAAAAUUUGCGUACAGAAAGAUAACAAAACUAUGUAAUUAAAUCUGAAAAAACUAAAGGAAAAAAACUCUGACUACUAUUACUUGAGCAGCAGAAAAAUGAUGGAAAUAGUCUUUUCUUCUCGAGUAAGCUUGCUGGCCUUCUAAAGUUCCGAGGAAGUUUUAAGCGCUCAAGUUUGUUCACUCGCAAGCGUUAGCGUUACGGUCCUUUGACAUAAGACAAGGAUAAAGCUUGUUCUGCAAAGGUAAAUAAAUCUGGGCAUUUAAAAAAACUAACCGUAACUGCUAAUAACAGAAUACAAGCGGGUUGUAAUUCAGUCCGGCGAAAGAUGGCGAAGCACUGGACAAAAAAAUAAAUUCACAAAUCAAAUGCACAAUUAUCAGAAAAAUACAAACCUCUUUGGAAAUGUUCAAAACGUUUUAUUCCUCCUCAGACUGACGAAUGAUCUGUUUUUACUGUAACAUUGGUUGUUCUGAAUCCAAAGUAAUUUUCAAGUGACGAAAAAACAACAAGAACAACAAAAACAAAAAAAAGCAUUUACAAGGAGCAAACGUUCGCACCUCGUGUAUUUCAUUCAGUCUCAGUCAGAACUCUCACAGAACGAGACAAACAAACGCAGGCGAUAAGGGAUGCGCAGAAGCUUGCGCAGAACGUUUUUCCGCCCUGAAAGACCAACAUUGACGUCACGUAGUCUCCAGUCUAUCACGCGGCCAUUUCAGAAACGUUUUCGUGAAGUUUUCGGAAAUGCUCGGAUUUUGAUCUUUUAUCCUUCUAUAAAGGCUUGGGAAGAAAAAUCUUUACCCAAAUCUCACUUAGGAUGGUUCUUUUUAGUGUUCGGUGAAGGUAAAGCGACACAGGAAAAUAUGUCAAUUUUUUGGUUCAUUUGACCUUUAAAGGUGAUGUAACAUCCAACAAUGUCGGAAGUUGUUGGCCGUUUGCAUGGGGCUUAAACUUGUUCUCGCAAAGGCAAAAUAGUCCAAGAGCGCUAUGAUUUUGGGUUUGUGUGGUUGUUUAAUUUAGUUUAGUAUUUACCAAAUCAGUGAAUAACAAUUUUCGCUCGUUUUGAUUGGCUGCCGUAACUCGCAAUAUCCUUGGCUAUUGACGUGUUGAAUUUACAAAAACGUUACUUUUUUUUCAUUUUUAUCCGACUGAUUUGGUACAUACUAAAACAACUAUCCCCCUCAGGGUCGGUGAACAACGCUAGAUAUAUACGCCUCGACGCUUCGCGUCUCGGUAUGUACCCCUCUAUUCACAUUCUGUAAUCUAUUUCUUUUCCGCAGCACCUCAAUCCAAUAAUCUCAGUCAGCCUGAUGACAACAAUAAGUAUUGAUCGGUACAUGACAUUUGUAAAGCAGGAAUUAACUUGCAUCAAUAGAUCUUGGUAUCUCAGGCCAGGCUGGUUGAUCUUCUUUGCUUGGGUAUACGGUACAGUUCAAUGCCUUCCGAUUUUUUACACAAGCAAUUUCAUUCCUCUUGAUUAUAAUAACAGCACCAUCUACUACUGCAGUACUACACACGGCCAGUCUCUUGUUGGGAAGAUUUACCUCGCUGCCUCAGUCUUACUUGGGUUCGUGAUACCCUUAGCAGUCUUAACUAUAUCAUAUCGCAGAAUUAUAAAAGUGAUAUCGACCAGGAAUCGCAGACUUUCUGCGACUGCAGGUGACAUAUCCAAUCCCAAAAUCACAAAUGCCAAGUUGCUGGAAAAGUCCAGAAGAAGGGUUCUUCGCGUGUUGGUAAUUGUUGUCAUCUGCUUUGUCGUCUGCUGGUUGCCUUUCGCUCUCUACUUUGGGCUACUGGUGCAGCAUCUUAGGGAAUUUCCGAACGUUAUGGAUCCGGUGCGCCUCAUAACCUAUGGACUGGGCAUAUCAAACUCGGUCUGUAAUCCUUUUAUUUACUUCUUCAACGUCUGCGGCAAGUCCUAUCGUUCCAUGAAAAGUAGGUUCCUUGAGGUAUUGGGAAGGAGGGAGAGAUUAUCGUCGCAAAGGGUAGUAACCAGGUCCUUGUCUUCAAGGUCCGCCUACGUAACCAAACAAGAAAAGGAAGUAGAGGAGUUGGAGUUACUUUCUGUUGUCUAAUUAAACAUCGAUAACACCAGAAUUGCAUUCGUACACGCGCGAACUUGAAGAGUUUCAAGGAGAGGUUCUGGAUACCAAGUUCUAACUCCGUAAAUCACUCCAUCAUAGCAUGGUUGCAACAGUAUCGGCUUAUAAAAGACGUUUCCCUUACCUACUGUAGGUUCUCCUCCCUGUCCGUAAAUCUUUUCCAACCUCGUUCCCAGGUUCUCUCUCCGGAGAGAACCCUGGGAACGAGGUUGAUUCUUUUCUUGCACUUUGUCGCACCACGUAAGGGAAUCCGGAUUCCGGAAUCUUGGAAAUAUUUGCUUGUAGAAUCCGGAAUCUUGGGCCUUGGAAUCCGGAACGCCAUUAACGAUUGGAAUCCGGAAUUCAAGUUCCACUGAAAAAGAUUUCGAAUCCAGUAGUUGGAAUCUGGAAUCCACGGGGUGGAAUCCAGAAUCCAAGACUGUCUUGGAAUCCCUUACUUGGAGCGAACUCUGUUUAAAAGGCGAAAACAAGCAAACCGACCAAGAAAAUGGUUAAAGGCACCAAGAUCAGAAGAACCACUAUAGAUUAACAUUUUCUAUUCUACUAUCAGCGGUUCAGCGCUCAGAAAUAAAUUAAAACGUUUGAAAGGGACAACAAUUCUGAUACUAUAGUUAGCAUCCUGGAUUUUUUAAAACGUAGCUAAAGAAAUUUCAAGUGCAUUUUAACUAUUUGACAUCUAAGUGGAAUGGGAAGCAGUUAAAAGUCACUAGCUGAAGCUAAACAAUGAGCUGAACAAUGACAGCAUUAUUGCUGGCAAUAGACGAUAAAGUUCUCUAGCACAAGUAAUAGGAUUUUGCGAUGAAAUAAACAACAUUUAAAACGUCGAGAAAUUGUAAUCUUUUAGUCAGUCAAACCGCGAGGCCCACAACUCAGUGUCGGCCGAAAACAGAUUAAGAAUCCACAAUCUUUGAGCACAUAAUAGGCUUACUAAGAGAAAAUCACCCAAAAUAAACACUCACGAAGCGUUUUUAUGUUUGGCACUGAAAGUAUUCUGGUAACACGAGGUCAACCGCACAUACCUGAGAUUUGUCUGUCACCACUUUCGGUAAUCACACGAUAAAUGACUUUCACGGCAAUCACAACACUUCCCAAAACCACUCUUCCACACUUAACACGGGCGAAACAUCGUCAAAUUACUCUGUAAAACGCUCGCUUUCUCCACAUAAAUCGUAACAUGGAACUUUUCUCGACUCACUGACAGUCGAUUUAUUCAAGAUCCCGGAAGUAAACCAGGGGAUGAAAAGGAGACAUAAAGCCCCCGCCCUCCACACAAUUUUUUACUAAGUCUCUGGCCUGGUCAGAAGUCAGCAUGAAUUUCCAUCUUGCCAAAUAGAUUUCAACCCUAGAACAUACUUUGUUUGGUCAAAGACUUGUUACUGCCAACAACAAAGCUCGCAAUAUCCAAUCUUUCGUCUCAAGCCCGGGAUCAGUCUUUCUCCCGUGUAGCCCGAAAUGAGACGAAAUACCAGAAGAUAUUGGACGCGGCAGACUUUGCCAGACGUGAGAAUUGUUCCUUCAUAA